CAGCAAAAACUGGGUGAAAGUGAGGAUUUCCAAAUUUUCAUUGGUAAAGUGGAGGAAGAGGAAGCCUGGAUGAACGAGAAGCAGCAAAUUCUUUCGUCCGACAACUACGGGGAAAAUAUGGCCGGUGUACAAGGCUUGCUGAAAAAGCACGAUGCUUUUGAAGCCGAUUUGGCACUACACACACAGCGCGUCAAACAGCUGAUUGCGGACGGCCAAAAGGCUCGUUUUAUCAUUUUGUUUUGA